UUUCCUUUAACUAAUUUUGGGAGAGUUGCCUCCUGUAUUGAGAUCGGCUGAGACUUUUCGGUUUCCUACAAUAUUCCGUCUUCCGACCCACCCCUUUGCUCGAGUAGCACGCAUUCCCUUCCAUAAUGUUCUCCGCAAAACCUGCGGGCGGCGGCCUUUCCAUAAACACCAAUUCUGCCAAUUCUCUAUUUGGCGGGGCUAAUACGCAGACAACUUCCUCCACAACUACACCAGGAACGACGAGCACGACAUCGGGCCUUUUCGGUAACCUUGGAAGCUCUACAGCACAAUCCAAGCCUGGGACGGGUCUGUUCGGCAACGCGACUAGUGGAACUACACAGCAGAAUCAGUCUUCCGGGACAAAUAUGUUUUCAGGCUUAGGCGGGCAACAAAGUAAUACUGGGGGCGGCGGAUUGUUUGGAAACUCCACAGCGACUACUUCCCAACCACAAUCUGGAGGCCUUUUCUCAGGAACUGCAAAUGCAAACACAGCGCAGAGUGGCACAACUGGCGGAGGUUUGUUCGGGGGUGCUUCUACCGCACAGACUCAAUCGAAACCCCUAUUCGGUGGUUUGGGAACGUCUACUAACACUGGUGGAUCGCUAUUCGGCGGUGCGAACCAAAACAACACGCAACAACAGCAGCAAGCUCAAAAGCCUACUUUAUCUUUGUUUGGAAACCAAAAUACCACAACACAGCAACCAGCACAGCCGACUGCCGCAGCCGGUACGGUAGUCCCAGGGGUCAAAGUGGACUUGAGCAACCUUCUACCGACGACCAAGUAUGAGAGCUGUGCCGACGAGAUCAAGAAGGAGCUUGAGGUAUUUGACAAUUACGUUCUUACGCAAAUCAAGAUGUGCAACGAAGUGGGAAACAUGAUCCCUAGCAUUGCUGCCCAGGGAGAAUCUAUUCCGAACGACGUGGAGUUUGUCCAAGGGAAAUUGGAAACAAUGCAACACGCCCUCGAAAACGAUGCCAGCGACAUUGAUCAGUUACGGAAUCUUGUGGCUCGUGAUGCCGCUGAAGCACAGGUGGGCUUCCGAGCAAUCGAUACCCUCAAGCUACCUUUGCAGUUCCAACCUGCAGGGGGCUCUGGAUGGUGGUCUGUUCAAGACCAAAAGUUGUCCGAUCGACAAUCGUUGCGGUCGACACGCAAGAACACUUUGGCUCUUCCCGACGAUGUCGAAGGCGAUGCUUCCACAACCGUCAAUGGAGUACCAGUUAACCUUGUCGAUUAUUUCUCUCAACGUUCUGACGAGAUGGGGACCGUCCUCGAACGUUACAAGCAGAACUUGAAAGAGAUUGAAGACCACCUUCAUGGCGUUGAGGCUACCCUGGAGAGGCAGAUCCACGAAUUCGUGACAUCUCGCAGCCGCGAUGGAGCCGUUUCGGGGACACCCAAAUCGGUACUGAAUGAUCUUGCCGUUGUGCUUGGGGACGUUGAGGCUGGUAUCUUGGGCGUUGCCAGUCGUCUCGGGGGAGUUACAGAACAAGUUCAAGAAGUGGUGCUGGGACCGCCAUCUCUCGGCGAGGGUAGACUCAACUUGUAAUGAAUCAAUCCUUUUCUGGCAAUGUAUAAUAUAAUGAAGCUUGCCCUAGUUUACUCUGAAACGGGAAGGAAGGGCUUGGAUGUUAUGGUUUGAGCAUGAUUUUCGAGGUCAGGCGUUCUGCGGUAGAUCAG